AUGUCAGGUGUCAAUGACACCAAAUUCAACUCUGUAGUUUUCCUGCUCACCGGGAUACCUGGUCAGGAAGACAUGCAUCUCUGGAUCUCUGUCCCAUUCUGCCUAAUAUAUGUCAUUUCGAUUGUAGGCAAUUCAGUUAUUCUGUUCAUUAUAAAAACAGAUCGAACACUCCAUGAGCCCAUGUACAUUUUCCUUUCCAUGUUGGUCAUCACAGACCUUGGCUUAUCGAUAUGUACCAUACCAACAACACUGGGGAUAUUAUUAUUUAACUCUAGGGAGAUCAGCCUCUAUGCCUGUUUCACCCAGGUCUUCUUCAUUGACUUUCUUUCAUACAUUGAAUCCUCCGUUCUCUUUUUGAUGGCCUUUGACCGCUUCAUUGCGAUAUCUGUCCCACUAAGAUAUGCUUCCAUCUUAACCCCACCGAGAAUAGCUAAGAUGGGACUGGUGGUUGUGCUAAGAUCCGUGGUCCUAAUAUUCCCACUCCCCUUUCUCCUGAAACAGUUCCGAUACUGUCAAGCCAAUGUCCUCUCCCAUUCCUACUGCCUACACCAGGAGGUCAUGAAGAUGGCUUGUUCAGAUAUCACAGUCAACAACAUCUAUGGCUUGUCUAUUAAACUCUUAACGGUGGGGUUGGACUCAUUGCUUAUCUUUUUCUCCUAUGUGAUGAUCCUCAAAACUGUGCUGAGUGUCGCAGCAUCCCAUGUGGAGUGCCUCAGGGCCCUGAGCACCUGUGUCUCCCACCUGUGCGCCAUCAUGCUCUUCUACUUACCACAUAUUGGCUUGUCUGUGAUACACAGGUUUGGGAACAGCUCUUCUCGCUUGCUUCAGAUUUUCCUGGGCUACAUCUACGUGCUGGUUCCACCCCUAAUGAACCCAAUCGUGUACAGCGUGAAAAGCAAACACCUUCGUGCGAGGAUAAUCAGGGUGUUCCUUAAGUGA